CACUAGACUUGUGAACGUGUCGAUAAGCGCUAACUGAACAUGAAAUUCGUUGUUUUUCUCACGUGCCUCGUGGCGUCCGCUUACGCUGUCAGUGACGAUGAGCACCAAUCCGCAGACCAUCAAGUUGGCGUUGAACAACUCGCUCUGACUCGAGAGCCGGAGAUCCAUGUCGACGAUGACGGACAUUUUACACUGAGGCUUACGGAUGACGAUGGAAGUAUGUUCGAAGAAGAAGGCGUUGUUCUGACAGACGAGAAGACGGGCGAGGAGGUAGUCAUCGUAAAGAAGGGCACAUAUUCCAUCCCGGACGAGAAUGGAAAACUCGUGAAAUUGGCUUAUGACGUUGACGAACCUCCCGCAGCUGCCAGCAUAUUGCAGAGAAGUCGCAGCCAAGUUCACGCCCGGCCCUCCAACUGAUAUGGCAGUACACAGAGAUUAGAUUGAAUGUAAUUUUAUUAGGUGAUUUCCAACAUUGACCGAUGUUGUUAGAUAAAUAAAGUAAUUUCGUAUUUA